AUGUCUUCUCUUGGUACUCCUUUCAACCAUUCUGGCGCCACUGAAUUUAUAUUCCGAAUGUUCACUUCAUCCCCCAAGAUCCAAGCACUCCUCUUUUCUUUAUUCCUCUUUCUCUAUGUGAUGAUUCUCUGUGGGAACACUGCCAUUAUCUGGGCUGUAUGCACUCAUACCUACCUUCAUACUCCCAUGUACUUCUUCCUGUCUAAUCUGUCCUUUCUAGAGAUAUGUUAUACCAGUACAUUGGUACCACUCUUGCUCGCCAACAUCAUUGGGGCCAGGAAGCCCAUUUCACUGGCUGGUUGUGCAACCCAAAUGUUCUUUUUUGUCACCCUUGGAAGCACUGAUUGUUUCCUAUUGACUGUCAUGGCAUAUGACCGCUAUGUGGCCAUCUGCCAUCCUUUGCACUACACCCUCAUCAUGACCCAACAGCUGUGUACUAAUAUGGUAGCUGGUUCCCUGAGCCUGGCUCUCUUCCUUGCCUUGCCACUCACAUCAUUGGUCUUUACUCUGCCCUUCUGUGGAAACUUCCAGGAAAUCAACCAUUUCUUCUGUGAUGUACCACCUUUACUCCAUCUGGCCUGUGCAGACACUCAUGUGCCACAGGCUGUCCUCUAUGUGGUGAGCAUUCUUGUUUUAACUAUCCCUUUCCUACUCAUCUGCAUCUCCUACAUCUUCAUCACUACCACCAUCUUGCACAUCCCCUCAGCUGAAGGGCGCCAGAGGGCCUUCUCCACCUGCUCUUCACAUCUCACUGUGGUCCUGCUACAAUAUGGCUGUGGCAGCCUGGUCUACUUCCGGCCCCCUUCCAGCACCCCUGCAGAUGAGGGUCGGCAGCUUGCCUUAGUCUACACCUUCGUCACACCCCUCCUCAACCCUCUCAUUUAUACCUUAAGGAACAAGGAUGUCAAAAAUGCUCUGAAAAAAGCCAUGAGCAAAAAGGCAGCCUCAGAGAGUCUAUGA